AUGAUUUUAUCUAAAAGACCAAAAUUCAACAAAUGGAAACAAAAUGCCAUCACCAUAGCUGCUGGAAAUGGACAAGGACAACAAUUAAAUCAACUCAGUCGUCCUGCUGGAAUCUUUAUUGAUAAAAAUAAAAAUAUUUUCAUUGCUGAUUUUUGUAAUCAUCGUAUUGUUGAAUGGAAAUGCAAUGCAAAAAAAGGACAAAUCAUCGCAGGUGGAAUUGGACAAGGAAAUCGAAUGGAUCAAUUGAAUCAUCCAACUGAUGUGAUUGUUGAUCAACAAAAUCAUUCCAUCAUGGUUGCUGAUCAAGGGAACAGACGAGUGAUUCAAUGGUUAAAUCAAAAUCAACAAAUUCUCAUCCGCAAUAUUGACUGUCAUGGCUUGGCAAUGGAUAAACAUGGAUUUCUUUAUGUUUCUGAUUAUGUGAAAAAUGAAGUGAGACGAUGGAAAAUGGGAGAAUAUAACAAUGAAGGAACUAUAGUGGCUGGUGGAAAUAGAAGAGGAGAUCAACCCAAUCAAUUAAAUACUCCUAGUUUUAUCUUUGUUGAUGAAGAUCAAUCUAUUUAUGUAUCAGAUAGGAAGAAUGAUCGUGUGACGAAAUGGAGAAAGGAUGCAAAAGAAGGAAUAGUUGUAGCUGGAGGAAAUGGUCAAGGUGAGAAUCUCAAUCAAUUGUUUUAUCCUCGAGGAGUGAUUGUUGAUGAUUUGGGUCAAAUCUAUGUAGCAGAUCGGAGAAAUCAACGAGUAAUGCGUUGGUGUGAAGGGAAAGACGAAGGUGAAAUUGUUGUUGGUGGAUUUGGCCAAGAAAAUCAAUUGAAUAGUCCUAAUUGUUUAUCUUUUGAUGCUGAAGGAAAUCUUUAUGUUACUGAUCGUUGGAAUAAUCGAAUUCAAAAAUUUGAAAUAAUAUUGUGA